GGCAAGCAUCAAGUUUGGUUCAAAUCUCUUGGUCAUUUGGCCAUUGACAAUGGCGGCGUUACAUCGUGUUGGGUCGUAAACAAGCUGUAUAUAAUUAUUGCGGACCCGGACACUUCCGAAGUCGUAUUGAAGCACUCGAUGGAGAAAGGCUACGUGACCCAAUUCAUUCGCUCGGUGAUCGGGAACGGCAGUAUAUUUGCUGCAGUGGACAUAUGGAGGCCGAGACGAAAAAUUUUAGCUCCUGUCUUUAGUAUGAAGAAUCUAAACCAAUUUGUAAAAGUGUUUAAUAGACAAAGUAUGAUCAUGGCCGACAUGCUGGAGCCGAUGGCUGGAGGCGCUGACUUCUCCGUGUGGAGAUAUUUUAACACUUACACGUUCGAUUCAGUUUGCGAGACCACCUUAGGCAUUGAUUUAAACAGUCAAAAUAACCCAGACCACAGCUUUCUCGUCGCAUUCGACUGGCUGUCGCAAGACGUGGCAAAGCGAAUAACGUCUCCGUGGCUGCACCCGAACUUCGUGUUUCAGCGGCUGCCGAAGUACGAGAAGUUUGUCUACCACAGACAAAAUAUACAUGAUUUUGUUGACGAGAUAAUACAAAUGAAACGCAAAGAGAUAGAAGCGAUUCGGCGAGGAACAAAGAAAGCAAUCAGCGCAAGAACUUUCUUGGACAUGAUGAUAGAGUCAUCGGCUCGCCUCGAGCAGAAGUACUCCAACCUGGAGCUGCGCGAGGAGCUGAUGGUGAUCGUGAUGGCCGGCACCGACACCUCCGCCGUGGGCGCCUCCUUCGCCGCCGCCAUGCUGGCUCGCCAUUCCCACGUCCAGGAGAAACUACACCACGAGUUAGAUAUGAUAUUCGGCAACUCUGACCGUGAUUUGACCGUGGAAGAUUUGCCAAAGCUUAAAUACAUGGAGGCGGUCAUCAAAGAAACUUUACGGUUGUACCCUCCAGUGCCCGUCACGGCGAGAGAAGUCACCAAUGACGUGACAUUACCUUCUGGCACAACCUUAGUUGACGGGGUGACGGUGGUUCUGAACAUCUGGGCGACGCACCGCAACCCCACCUUCUGGGGAGCUGACGCGGAGCAGUUCCGCCCGGAGCGCUUCCUGGAGGGGCCGCUCAAGCACCCCUCGCAGUUCCAGCCCUUCUCGCUGCCCAUGAGGAACUGCCUUGGAUACAACUACGCUAUGAUGUCGAUGAAGACUAUGUUGGCCAACAUGCUGCGCCGCUACAGGAUAUUGCCGCCUUCCCACAUGAACGGACACAAGCUCCAGGAACCCUUGAAAGUCUCGUUCGAUAUCAUGAUGAGGGACAUGGAUAACUAUGAAAUAAGGCUAGAGGAUAGAACAAAAAAUCAGAAUAUCGAGGGAAGACGGAAUUGAAUUGAAUCCUAUGAACAGUGUUGUAUUUUUAUUCUUGUAGUAAGAAUUUCAGUAACGUAAAAUGUGCCUAUAUACUUUGCUCCAUAAUUCGAAUUUUAAUUAAAGUUUAAAAUUAUUGUAUUGUAGAUUUGUAGGAAGCAAGUUUUUCAGUAGAAGGCGCGAAAUAAAAAAAAUCUAUGGGCCUUCGUGCCUACAUUUUUUAAUUUGCCGCUCUUUUCUACUGACGGAAAUGGCUUGACAGAGUUGGUCUAUUUGGUCUAACUCUACCCAUUUUCAUAGUGCGACUGUGACUUUGUAGUGAAUUUUAAAUAUUUUAUAAAAUAAGUUAUUUUAAUGUUUUUAAGCAUUAAUUUGACGUUUGAAAUAUGAGAAAUAUGAUUAUCAACAAAAUCAAGCGUAACCUAUUUUAUUCAUCGAUAUGUUUGUUCAAAUGUAGGCAAUAUCAAAAUAUCUAAGAUCUUGCCAAAGAAUUAACAUUUUAGGUACAUUAAGAUGAAAUAAGAUGAAUCUUAAAGAAGCGUACUAUGCAUAUGUGCACUCAAUCCUUUCAUACGGAAUCCUGUUAUGGGGAAAUGCAACAGAUUUUGAGCGCGUCCUAAAAAUGCAGAAACGUGCAAUCAGAGUCCUGGCUAACGCAAAGUACAGAGAUAGUUGCAGGGACCUUUUUAAAAGCCUAGGAAUCUUAACAUCAGUGUCAACAUAUAUUUAUGAGGUAUUAUUAUACGUAAGAAAAAACCAGAGUGAAUUUGUAUGUACUAGGGAUAUCAGUGUUCGCCCAACAAGGUAUCCAGACAAUCUGAGGCCAAUAAAAAGUAGAUUGAACAUUGCUAAAAAAUCCCCCAAGAUAAUGGCUCAGAAAUUAUAUAAUAAGCUGCCAAAAGAAAUUAAAGCCGAAACUAAUAUCAACACGUUCAGUCUCCAAGUAAAGAAAUUGCUACUCAAUAAGACAGUGUACAGCACAAAGGAAUACCUAAAUAAUGAAUAUAAUCACACCUCAAUUAUGUAAUUUAAUAUUGUAAUUUGCAAACGAUUAUAGCAUGUAUUAUUUACUAGAUUAUUUUUUUUGUAUAUUUUUGACGAUCUUAAUAUGUAUUCAUCUUUAUAUUCGGUUGUAAUAAAAACAUGUAAUACUUAUUGAGAAAUAAAUGAAUCUAAAUCUAAAUCUAAAUAACUUUUACCAGCUUUCCUUUUUUUCGCAGAUUGGUAUGAGUAUACUCUCCAAUGGGAACUAAGAUUUAUAUUAUUAAAUCUGUAUGCCUCAACCCUAGCAAGUACUAUCUUAUGAAUGACAUGUGUCAAUUUAAAAUGUAAAUAACUUUGUAGGGUUGUCACUGAUAUAAAAAUAUUUAAUUUUAAUGAUUUUGUUUUAGUUUUUAAUCCAGCUUUACAAUUAUAAUAACUCGAUUAUAGAUCACUUAGAUAACACUAUUCUUUCAGCUCAGUCUCUAGAAAUGUUCCACCCUGUAUAUUCACCCGGAACACCUAAAAUAAUUGGUCGAAAGCGGGCCUCGCAGAUUAGCAGCAGCGUUGAUCGCAAAAGAAGGCCACACAAAAUAUUAGACUAAGUUUAACGUAUUCACUGCCUAG